AAUACUCUACUAUAUAUUCUCCCUUGUAUCUACACAUUAUUAUUAUUGGAAUAUAUAAAUUCUUCAUCGUAUCAGAGCCUUAAUCUUCUCACGGCUCUCUCUCCUGUUCUUCGGCUCUCUCUCUCUUCUCGGCGAUCUCUUACUGCCGAUCAUCGCCUCUCUCUCUCGGCCUUCUCCUUUUCUCUCCAAAAUUCACCAUGGCCGAAGUCUCCUCUGUCUCCUCCGACAACACCAACACCCUCAAAUCUCCCCACCUUGCCUUUAGGACAAUCUCCAACAUUAAACUCCAUAUUCCUGUUCAACUUAGCAUCUCGGAGCCAAACUACAAAAAGUGGAGUCGUCUCUUUCGCCUCCUCGUGCUCCGUUUCAAUCUCCUGGGAUAUCUCGAAGGCACUCUCGUCGCCAAAUCGGCCGACGAUGCCGAGUGGUACCAGUUCGAUGCUCUUCUUCAAGGAUGGAUCUUAUCCACCAUCUCCGAUGAGGUCUCUGAUCUCGUCCUUGCCAACAGCCCCACCGCCUCCGCUCUUUGGAAGGCAAUCUACAAAUUAUUCCAUGAUAACAAGCAUGCUCGAGCGAUGCAAUUGGAGCAUCGCUUCCGCACCACCGUCAAAGGCACAAAGACAAUAAAUGAAUAUUGUCAUACUCUCAAGAAUCUCGCCGACUACCUUGACGACGUGGAUGCUCCGGUGACGGAACAUGCUCUUGUUCUCCAAGUUCUUCAAGGCUUGCCGCAUGAUCUCCGAGGCCAGGUUCACUUUUUGCAGUAUCAAAACCCGUUGCCGUCAUUCCUGGAGGUCCGAUCUGCCCUUCUCUUGGUCGAACAACAGCAGGCCGACGCCCUCUCCAACGCCGGCCCGUCCACCGCCCUCCUCAGCUUCAGCGGCGGCGGCGGCAGUCCCUCGGCGGGCGGGGGUCCGUCACGGCAGGGCAGUAGCGGACAAUCCUCAGGGCGGGGCAGUUUCGGUAGUUCCAAUCGGGGCAACUCUAGUGGCUAUCGAGGGCGUGGACGUGGACGUGGACGUAGCGGCCCGAAUCAACGACAACCCGGAAGCCCAAAUCCCUGGCAGUCAGUUCCCCCUUUUACCAUCAUGAUUGUCUCUGAUUCCGACUCGGCUUCUCCGUCGUCCAAUUCUCGUCAAGCCAAUCACUCGGCCUCUGGCCAUGACCAACGUCAGGCCAAUUCUCCUCAGCCAUCACCGGCGGCCGCGCCCGGCCAAAAGCUGCGCCAGCUGAGGAAGCAAUUCCCCUCCUCGACCCCGGCACUGAACGGCAAUAGGGUUAGACUGGAUGAGAACAUCAUGGCGUUGUGCCAUUGUCAAAUUACUGACCGUGGGUUCGCCGACGCCACUGACAAUGUCGGGCCCUCUAUUGAAGUCCUACGGCCCACUAGAACCCAAACCGCCCUGGACGCUCCGUCGGGGUUCUUUACCGUUCAUCUGGCCUCUUUGAAGAAGGGGCUGCGAUUUCCUCUUCACUCAUUGUUGAUCGAGUUCCUCAACGAGGUGGACCUCCUUCCUUGCCAACUGGUCUCCAAUUCUCACCGGUAUAUCGCCGGUUAUUUGAUCAAAUGCAAGGAAGUAGGGGUGAAGCCCACCCUUGACCAUUUCCUUUUUACCUUCAAAAUGGCCGAAGGUCAUGGGGAUUUAGCGUCCUAUGCCAACCUUUCCGAGCGAUCCAGAAAACUCUUCACUAGCGAUAAGAAAGGGUCGACCAAGGACUGGAAGCCCUUUUUUGGCUUUGUCUUGAUGGGGCCCGAAUCUCCUUUCACGGGUUCAGGGCUCCCAUCCUUCCGUCGCAUUCCGUGUCCCCAAUCCAACACCACUCUCCUAUCCAUUACCAGGAAACUCUGCGGCCCAAGGGCCGUCGAGAUAAAGAAGGUGGUGACCGAGGAAUCUCUAGCAGCGCUGGGGUUUGAGUUUGUCCAAGACGAGCAUCGCCAUCAGCCUGACCUGCUAAGGGACUUUCCUGGGGGGAAUGCUGACUGUGGCCCCUUUGUCGAGCAAGAGGGGUUAGAAGAAGAGAUGGAGGGUGAUCUCUUGAUCGGCCACUUCAUUGCAGGGAGAAAGAGGAAGAGGGAUGCAGCUCGCGGGAGACCUUGGUCACCCGCUCAGGACCGAGCCCGCAUCUCAGCCGGUUCCGAUGAUGACCUCAAUAACAUGGUUCUCCUAAAGCUUAUUCAGGCCACACUAGGGAUGAUCGAGCUUGUUGGCCAGAGGCAAGAUCGCCAAGCGGCUAUGGAUGAGGCGAAGAGGGCUGUAGAAGAUAAGCAGAGGGAGCUGCAGGAUGAGGUCGCUCGCUUGGUGAGAGAGUUAGAGGAGGAGAAGGGUCGCUUCGCCCAACUGGAGGUGGAGAAUGCUUCACUGUCUUUUCAGGUGGGGUCUAUUUCUGCCCGAGUAGCCGAGCUAGAAGGAGAGAAGGUCGAUCUGAUCCAGCAGUUGGAGGCCGAGAGGAGUGACCAGGCCCGUCGCCUGGAGGAGGCGGUUGAGUCCUUCAAAUCUUCCCCCGAGUUUACCAUAGUCGCUAAGGAGCGGAUGGGCAAGCUGGUAGUCGAGUGGGUCAAGACUGGACCCGGAGCUGAAUGGAUGGUCGGGGAAUCAGACAAGACCUUCAACUGUGGACUCUUCCGAGCCCAACUGGUUUUUUGCGACAAGCUAGCUCGGCUUGCCAAGGGAAUCUCCCUUUCUGAUCUUGGCCUUCCCCCUCCCUGCUGCGCCUUCACCGACUUCGACCCCAGUGCUUACUUGGACGAGGAGAGUUCGAGUGCUUCCGACGAGGAAGAAGAAUCAACUGCACAGGGCGACUAGGAUGGGCAAGGCAACUGGGGGCCUAGAGCGAGUCUGGCGGCGUCCAAGGCGGGCGAGGGCACCAGCUCGGGCGUGUGAUCUACCUCACCU